AUGGGUAAUAUUGUUUCAUCUAACAGUAACAAUUCAAAUAGUGAAUAAUAGCCUAAUAGAAGAAAACCAAGAAUAUUUGGAGAAAAAGAAAAUAAUGAGCCGAGAAGCCUAAUAAAAUUCAAAUAAGAAGAUUAAUCUGAUGGUGAAUCCGAGAUAGUUCCAAUUUAAAUUCCUGAAAUAUCAAAUCAAAUGACUCCAUAAAAAUAAGAAGAUAUAUAUAAAGUUAUUGUUCCAUCUCCUAGAAGUGAUUUAGGAUCAGAAAUUGAAUAAUUAUGGAAUAAAGCAGUCUAAGAAUAAUCAUGCUAAUUAGCAAAAAAAGUUAUAACAACAUAUUUAGAAGAUGGAACAAUGUAUAAUGGAGAAUGGUUCAAAGGAACUAUGCAUGGAAAUGGAACAUUAAGCAGAGAAGGACUUCUCUUAUAUGAGGGAGAAUGGAAACUUGGAAAAAAAAGUGGAAAUGGAGUUGAAUAUUAUACAAGAAGAACAUAUGAUAAAAUUAUACCUUCAUGUUAGAUAUCAGAUAAAUAAUAUUGGAAAGUUUAUAAUGGUGCAUUUGAAAAUGAUAAAAUUCAUGGAGAAGGUAUUUUAGAAUUGAUUAAUGGUUCUUGUGUUUUUGGAGAAUUUGCUAAUGGAUAGUUACAUGGAUAAUUAACAUAUGAAUGCAUUAUAAGUAAAUAAAUAAUUAAGGGUGUUUGGAAUUAAGGAUAGUAUUUUAAAUUAUGA